CGGGCCCCCGCGCAGCACCGUGCCGAGUUUUUCCUCGGCGGAGCGCUGGAGGUGAUCUGCCAGGCGUGGCUCCGCGACCUGCUGCUGGCCCGCCGCAACCCCGCCGCGCUACGCCGCCGCUACACGCAGCUGCGCUACGAGGACCUGGUGCGGGAACCCCGCGCGCAGCUGCGCCGCCUGCUGCGCUUCGCCGGCCUGCCCGUGCCGCCAGCCAUGGAGGCCUUCGUGGUCAACAUGACCCGCGGCGCCGCCUACUCCUCCGAGCGGCCCUUCCUCAUCUCCGCCCGCGACGCGCGGGAGGCCGUGCACGCCUGGAGGGAGCGCCUCAGCCGCCAG